AUGCCUAAGACGUCAGUAGCCCGGAUGCUGGUGAGCCUGAUGCUGCUUUGCCAUCUCUCGAUCGCACAGUUGACGAAACAUAGGGCCGAUGCUACCUAUACGCCGGAACCAACGGCGCCAUUUUCCCCGGACACAACUGCAUCUUCGGGAAAAAGCAACAACAGCGGCGAUGAUGACGCGACUCGCACAACUAAUGCGCCCACUAUCUCGACCGACCCUUCGUCGGCAGAAACGGUAUUACGCUCGACAAAGGACGUUACAAUAACGGUCCCUCCUCCCACAGCCUCAACAACAGCAGCGAAUGCCCCUCUAAGCUCUGCCUCGGCGACGGGAAGGUCUCCAAUGGCUAACGGGUUAGUGGGAAGCUUGGUUGUGGCAUUCCUUGUAGAAAUAUGUUUCUUGGUUUUGUUUGGUAUGGAUUAG